AUGUCCGAUUUACCAACGCUGCUCUUCAUACCUGGCUCUUGGCAUAAACCUGAAUGCUACCAGAAAGUGAUCAAAAUAAUCCAAGAGCAAUCUGAGCUGCAAUGUGUCUCAAUCAGUCUUCCUUCAAACUCUGGAGACCCAGAUGCAGCCCUCAAGGAUGAUAUUGAUGUCGCACGAGAAGCGAUAACCAACGAGACUGUCCGUGGGCGCAAUGUAGUAGUCAUUGCGCACUCUUAUGGCGGCAUGGUUGGCAAUAGUGCUAUCAAGGGUUUCACACGGCCACAAGACACCAUUUCAAGCCAAUCUCAGAAGAGUGGAUACGUCAUUGGUCUCAUCCUCAUAGCCUCUGGCUUCACCCUCUCAGGACUAUCCUUUAUGGAUCCAUUCUUAGGCCACCCACCUCCUACCUGGCGCGUCAAUUCGAAAACCGGUUUUUCAGAGCUUGUGACUCCUCCACGUGAGCUCUUUUAUCACGACUUGCCACAGCAAGAGGCUGAGUUUUGGGUUUCUCAGCUUACUGACCAGAGCCUCAAGGCAUUGUUUGAGGGUGGUGAACACUCAUAUGCUGGCUGGAGAGAUUUACCAGUCUGGUAUAUUGGUACUGUGGAGGAUCGGGGCUUACCGGUAUUAGUGCAACGGAUGCAGAUAGGCAUGGCGAGAGAAAUGGGUUGCAGCGUGGAGCAUAGGGAGUUACAGACAGGCCACUCGCCUUUUUUGAGUCAACCUGAGGCGACAGUCAAAAUCAUGGUAGAUGCUCUUAGGGCAUUUACAGGGACAUCUGAGGAGCACAAGUCCACAGAUAGCGAACGCGGUAAUAUGCAGAUCAUGGUGCCGAAGGCUGUGCUCUGGCGGCCGUUCACAUGGUUGAAAUUUGGACUUCCAUUGGUAUUUGGCCACAUAUUAGGAAGGUCAAUUCUCCUUUUUACGUGGGGAAGAACAUUGUGGAGGUCUAGAUUCGGUUGA